AUGGGUAAAGGUAAGAAACUAAUGGACUUUGACAAGUUCUUGAAGGAAAACAAAAAGAAAAUUACGCACAGUGAACUAAAAAUUGCCUUGGGUAACGAAGGAUGCGAUUUGGACAGCUUCUUGGGAUCGUUGGUCCUGGCAUACUCGCAGAACGUUGUGCACGUCGUUAACAUGAGAAAGGAAGUCUUUGAAUGCAAGGGAGAGCUGAUGUGGGUGUGCAAGCAUUUGAAGGUAAACAUCGACGAUUUGAUAUUUCUGGAAAGACCAAUGGGAAAUUUCUCACCGCGCGUUCGCAGGGCCGGCACGUACUUCUUGUGCGGAAAUGAAACAAUUGCUCUCGAGGGAAAGAAAAUUGAGCUUUUCAUGACCGACCACAAUAAGCCGGUGGAGGAGCUGAGCCACUGUGACAUUAACAUGAUAAUAGACCACCACAAGCUUGAAAAGAACAUUUCAUCGGUCAAAAGAAUAUACAUUGAUAUCGAUGUGGGCAGUGCAACAACGCUUGUCUCCAAGUACAUGGGUGCCGAGAUCAGCAAAAGAAUCGCAAUGAUGCUGAUAAUACCGAUAAUCGUGGACACAAAGUAUUUGAAGCGACGUACGAGUGUGUUUGAUGUUGAGGAGUACAGAAAACUGAAGAAAAUUGUGGAUGUGAAGAAAAAGAAGCUGAAAGCGAUGAAGAAGCGGCUCAAAAAGGCGAGACGAAACGAUGAC